UGGGGCUAGACACCUUCUGUCUUUAAAUCAAUUCCCACUAAAAACCCUAAACCCCAAUCGCAAACUCCGUAGAUCAUCCCAUCACAAUAACAACCAAACAUGGCUCAAAAUUCUUCCUCUUUGUAUUCAAACCUUCCAUCAUCAUCAGAUGAUGAUGAUGAUGAUGAUUACUUUGAACAAAUCUAUAUGGGUUUCAAUCCCAAACCCAGUUUCUCGAAUCCUUCACACCAAACAAACAAUACCCAUGUCACUGAUUCCAUUACUGGUGAAAAAGUUAAGACCUUUAUCAAGAAAGACAAAAGGCCAAGAAAAAAGGGGAAAAAGAAUCCCAAAAAUAAUAAUAAUAACAAUUUUGAAAGGCAAACUUUUUGUGAUUGUGAUAAAAGAGGUGAUAAGAUAAGAGUGACGUAUGUUAAGGAAGAUAUCGAAGGGCUUCGUUAUGUCGGGAUGGAUGAGCAGAAAAAUAAAUGGAUUGAAGUUUAUUGUCGGAUGGGAUGUGAUGUGGCUAAGGAGUAUGAUUCUUUGGUUGUUGGUUUUAAGAAUCCUGAUGAUGAUGAUGAUGAUUCUCUUAUGAAGGAGGAUGGAUAUUACGUCAGCUUUGAUCCUCGCCCUCUUCUUGCCGACAAAAAAGGUAAUAAGCGUGACAAUGAAAUGCAAAGCACAGACCAAAUGGAUCAUGUAGCGGGUUUAAAGGGCAGUGAUGUAGAUGGCUCUUUUGGUGGAGAAGAAGAUUAUUAUGAAGAUGAAGAUAGUGAUUCAGAAUAUGCUAGCAUCCAAAGACCUGCGUUUUAUGUCUCUGGAGAACCUGAUUUUGAUUCAGGGCCUCCACAAGAUGGACUAGAGUAUCUUAGGCGAGUCAGGUGGGAGACCAAGCAUAUACCGAAGGUGAAGGUUGCAAAGGUUGAUAAAAGUGUGUUAAACAAAGAACAAACUGUUUAUAUGCCCAGAAUUCCUGAUAUUGCAGUGUGUGAGCAUUUGAUGCCAUCAAAAGAGUGGGAAAAUGUUUUUCUUGCUGACUUUUCAAAGUUAAGGAUGCGAAGAUUCAGCUUACCUCAAGGGGAUAAUGUAGACAAAGUCCUUUUGGAUACAUUUAAUGAGAAGUUUAGGAGCCUGAAAAAAAGGUUAAAAGAUAAGCUACUUAAAUUAGCUGCCAAGAAGUUAGAUGAAGCUAAUAUUGGUGGAGAUGAUGUACAAUACACGAUGGAUGACCUUUUAAAUGCACUUGACAUGGUUAGUCCACCUGAGAACUUUUUAGAUCAUCAAUGGGAAGUGUUUAAGAAUAAUCUUAGAUCACCAACAGCAAAGAAACUGUCCAAAUAUGGAAAGGAUGCAAGAGCUGGCAAACUUCAUUAUCACAGCACCGGUGCUGUUAGUUUUGCACGGAAAAAAGAUGAAUUCAUGGUGAUUAACAAAAGAGAAGCAAAUGAUGUCGAGUUCUUUGAAGAUUCUCAUUUAAUGAAAGAUGGGAAGUAUGCUAAACAUGCGUCGGAGGAACUUUUGAAUCAAGCAAAAGAAGGAAUUGCUAGAAAGAUAUCAGAGGUCAGCAGUUUUGACUCUAUUGAUCCUGAAAAGCGAUCUGAAAUUGUAAGGGAAGUUAUGAAAGAACUAAGGGGGCGAAGUAAGCGUGGACGACCUCCUGGUUAUGGCGCUGGGGUAAAAAGAUCGCAAGUAUCUAAGUUUAGUUUUGAUUUAAGAAAAUUAAGAGGCAAAACUAUAGAAAAUGAAAACCGAUACCUCUUGGAUAAAGUUGACACCCAAAGUAAGCAAAUUGAAUCUCAAAGGAUACAAAUAGAAACUCAGAGUAAGCAAAUAGAAAAUCAGAGUAACCAAAUGUCGAAAAUGCAAAAGACUCUUGAUCAGUGUACCGGAGAGCUCCAACUCUUUAGGACUGCUUUUUCUGACUUCUGCGGGCCACGUAUGUCCAUACCACCACAGGCAACUUCUAGUGCAUUUCAUCAGGAUCAUCGAUGAAUUUUCCAAGACAAUCCUUAUCAGAUCAAAAAAGAGACAUCAUAUUGAAGAGAUAUCCCAAUCUUGUUCUGUUGCUUAGAGGCAUGAUCUCAUAAUCUGGACCAACUCCAAACUCUUCUUUUGUUGAAUUUUUUCUCAGCAAGUGUUUUGCAAAAUGAAUGUACUGAAUAGUUGUUUCUGUAAAAUGAAUGUAAAAAAUAGUUGUAAAAGAUGUUAAAUGAAUGUAAAAAAUAGUUGCUGUAAA